GCUCUCCCUGGACAUCACCUGGUUUGACGAGAGCGAUUCUGCUGGACUGUCCUCAAAGCUGCAGAGUGAUGUCGAGACGGUUCACUUUUUCAUGUCUGCUGGCCUGGGCUACCUGAUCUCCAGCAUGGGCCAGUUUGUGUCGGGGGUCGCAGUGGCCAUGAUUCAUGGCCCCAAGCUCACCCUGUCCGUCUGCGCCUUUUUGCCUGUCCUCUUCUGUGCCGGGCAGAGCAUGGGCAAGCAGAUGGAAGAGAACAUGACUGUCCAGCAGAGGGACUUUGCAAAGGCUGCCGGGGUGGCCGAGGAGAGUUUGCUGGGCAUUCGCACGGUGGCCGCUUUCGGAGGCGAGCAACGCGAGCAGGCGCGCUUUGCCGCUCAGCUGACGGAGGCGCGGGAUGGCGGUGUACGGGCCGGUGUGCGAAUCGGCUUGGCCUGGGCCAGCCUCAACUUUGUCUUUGCGCUGCUCUACGCAGUGACCCUCUAUGUAGGAGGCCACGGACUUCUGGCUGGAUCAAGUGAGAAAGAGGGUGGAGACGUGGUCACCGUGCUUAUCUCGCUUAUUACUGGCAUGGGUGGCGUCAACUCCUUCAGCGGUUACCUCCCGAUUCUGGCCAAGGCCAGGGCGUCCGCGGCAGCCAUGAAGCCCGG